AUGCCUACAGAAGAUAAUUGUACGAUUAAGUUUGAAAACUUUAAGAAUCAAUUACGUGUACCAUUUAUAAUAUAUGCUGACAUUGAAACGUAUUUAAAAGAGACCAAUGAACAAGUUUUUGAUAGUGAAAAGACUAAAGCAUACCAGAAACAUGAACCGUACAGUAUUGGCUAUUAUUUCAAGUCAUUAUAUGAUGAUUCACAAUCAUAUUAUAAAAGUAAACGUGGAAGUGAUUGUAUAGAAUGGUUCGUCCGAGAAUUGGAAUUGAUAGAAAAAGACAUAUUUCCCAUUCUGAACAGUGUAGAGUCAAUGGAAAUAUCGAAUGAAGAGGAAGAGAUGUUUGAAACCGCAAGUGAAUGUCAUAUUUGCGGUGAAGAAUUUGAUGACGAAGAUAUUAAAGUCCGCGACCAUUCACAUUUAUCCGGCCGUUACCGUGGCCCUUCGCAUCAAUCGUGUAAUUUAAAAUAUCAAGAAACACGUCACAUACCAGUUGUAUUUCACAAUUUAUCAAAUUAUGAUUCUCACUUUAUGAUUUCGAAAAUUGCAUCAGGUUUCGAAGGAGAUAUUUCUAUUAUACCAAUCAAUGAUGAGCGAUAUAUAUCGUUUACAAAAACUGUAAACAAUAGCGACCAAAAAAUCAAUUAUAAAGAAAAAAUACGAUUUCGCUUCAUCGAUUCAUUCCGUUUUAUGGCUGAUUCCCUCGAUAAGCUAUCGUCUUAUUUAACAACGACAAACAAAGUGAUUCUUCAGAAAGAAAGUCAUAAAUGUGGUUUUAGUUUAAAGCAGAUGCAAAUGCUUUUUCGAAAAGGUGUCUUUCCGUAUGAUUAUGUUACAUCACAUAAGACACUGAAAGAAAAACGUUUGCCACCGCGAAGUGCAUUUUAUAAUAAACUAAAUGAAUCCAAAAUAUCGCGAAAAGAAUAUAAAUUUGCACAAAAAAUGUGGAAGACAUUUCGGAUCAAUAAUUUAGGUGAAUACUCUGAUUUGUAUUUAAAAACGGAUGUUCUUUUGUUGGCCGAUGUGUUCGAAAAUUUUCGAGACACCUGCUAUAAGAAUUACAACCUGGAUCCAGCACAUUAUUUCACCGCAGCAGGUCUUUCGUUUGAUGCUAUGUUAAAGCAAACGAAAGUUGAGAUUGAAUUGUUGACAGAUGUUGACAUGCUCAUGUUUAUGGAAAAAGGUGUGAGAGGUGGUAUCAGUCAGUGCAGUAAACGAUACUCAAAAGCAAACAACAAAUAUAUAAAUGACUAUGAUGCGACUAAAGAAUCAAAAUACAUAAUGUAUUUAGAUGCGAAUAACCUUUAUGGUUAUUCUAUGAUGGAGUAUUUACCAUUGAAUGGUUUCAAAUGGACAAAUGUCAAAAAGUUCAAUGACGUGAAUACAAUUCUGAAUAUUCCACAUGAUUCAACUACUGGUUAUGUUUUCGAAGUGGACUUGGAAUAUCCACAACAUUUGCACGAUCAACACAAAGACUAUCCGCUAUGCGCUGAAAGAUUGAUUCUGAAAAAAAAUCAUCGUGCGGUUAAGUUCAAUCAGUCACAAUGGUUAAAACCAUAUAUUGAUUUAAACACAGAGCUUCGAAAGAAAGCAACAAAUGAAUUUGAAAAAAACUUCUUCAAACUGCUAUGCAAUUCAAUUUACGGUAAAACCAUGGAAAAUAUACGAGAUCGAACGGAUAUCAAAUUAAGAAUGAAAUGGGAGGGACGAUAUGGUAUUCGAAAAUUAAUUUCAGAUCCUCGUUUCAAGAAAUGUACAAUAUUUGAGGAGAAUUUAGCUGCUGUUGAAUGGUGCCGAAAUCGUAUAUAUAUGAAUAAACCGAUAUCAAUUGGAAUGGCCGUUCUGGAUUUAUCAAAAAUACUAAUGUAUGAAUUUCAUUAUGAUCACAUGAAACCUCAAUAUGGGAGUAACAUACAACUCAUGUACACAGAUACAGACAGCUUCAUCUAUGAAAUUAAGACAGACUGUUUUUACGAGGAUAUGAAAAAAAAUUUAGAUCGAUAUGACACAAGUGACUAUCCAGUGAACAACUUAUUCAAUAUACCACAAAAAAAUAAAAAAAUUCCCGGUUUGUUUAAAGACGAAAUGAAAUCGAAAAUUGUUA